AUGCGUGUCUGUGCCCUAGAUCACCCAGGCGGCCUGCAGAACCACUCUCGACUCCGGACACCACCGCCUCCGCUCUCGCACACCCACACGCCCAACCAGCACCACGCAGCCUCCAUUAGCUCCCUGAACCGGGGCAACUUCACUCCGAGGAGCAACCCCAGCCCGGCGCCCACGGACCACUCGCUGUCUGGAGAGCCCCCCGCCGGUGGCGCGCAGGAGCAGACCCACGCCCAGGACAACUGGCUGCUCAACAGCAACAUCCCACUGGAGACCAGAAACCUAGGCAAGCAGCCAUUCCUAGGGACAUUGCAGGACAACCUCAUUGAGAUGGACAUUCUCAGCGCCUCCCGCCAUGAUGGGGCUUACAGUGACGGGCACUUCCUCUUCAAGCCGGGAGGCACCUCCCCGCUCUUCUGCAGCACGGCGCCGGGCUACCCUCUGACGUCCAGCACGGUGUACUCGCCGCCGCCCCGGCCCCUGCCCCGCACCACCUUCUCCCGCCCGGCCUUCAACCUCAAGAAGCCCUCCAAGUACUGUAACUGGAAGUGCGCGGCCCUGAGCGCCAUCGCCAUCUCGGCCACGCUGGUCAUCCUGCUGGCGUACUUUGUGGCCAUGCACCUGUUUGGCCUAAACUGGCACCUGCAGCCGAUGGAGGGGCAGAUGUAUGAGAUCACGGAGGACACAGCCAGCAGUUGGCCUGUGCCGACGGACGUCUCCCUGUAUCCCUCGGGGGGCACUGGUUUAGAGAGCCCUGACAGGAAAGGCAAAGGAGCCACGGAAGGAAAGCCCAGUAGUUUCUUUCCAGAGGACAGUUUUAUAGACUCUGGAGAAAUCGACGUGGGAAGACGGGCUUCCCAGAAGAUUCCUCCUGGCACUUUCUGGAGAUCUCAGGUGUUCAUUGACCAUCCUGUGCAUCUGAAAUUCAAUGUGUCUCUGGGAAAGGCGGCUCUGGUUGGCAUUUAUGGCAGAAAAGGCCUUCCUCCUUCACACACACAGUUUGACUUUGUGGAGCUGCUGGAUGGAAGGAGGCUCCUGACCCAGGAGGCACGGAGCCUGGAGGGACCCCAGCGCCAGUCUCGGGGAGCCAUCCCCCCUUCUAGCCACGAGACCGGCUUCAUCCAGUAUUUGGAUUCGGGAAUCUGGCACCUGGCUUUCUAUAAUGAUGGGAAGGAGUCUGAAGUGGUUUCCUUUCUCACUACUGCCAUCGAGUCGGUGGAUAACUGUCCCAGCAACUGCUAUGGUAACGGCGACUGCAUCUCCGGGACUUGCCACUGCUUCCUGGGCUUCCUGGGCCCUGACUGCGGCCGAGCCUCCUGCCCCGUGCUCUGCAGCGGGAACGGCCAGUACAUGAAGGGCCGCUGCCUGUGCCACAGCGGCUGGAAGGGCGCCGAGUGCGACGUGCCCACCAACCAGUGCAUCGACGUGGCCUGCAGCCACCACGGCACCUGCAUCAUGGGCACCUGCAUCUGCAACCCCGGCUACAAGGGCGAGAACUGCGAGGAAGUGGACUGCAUGGACCCCACGUGCUCGGGCCGCGGUGUCUGCGUGAGAGGCGAGUGCCACUGCUCUGUGGGCUGGGGAGGCGCCAGCUGCGAGACGCCCAGGGCCACCUGCCUGGACCAGUGUUCGGGCCACGGAACCUUCCUCCCGGACACCGGGCUCUGCAGCUGUGACCCGAGCUGGACUGGACACGACUGUUCCAUCGAGAUCUGCGCUGCCGACUGCGGGGGCCAUGGCGUCUGCGUGGGGGGCGCGUGCCGCUGCGAGGACGGCUGGAUGGGGGCGGCAUGCGACCAGCGCGCCUGCCACCCGCGCUGCGCGGAGCACGGGACCUGCCGCGACGGCAAGUGCGAGUGCAGCCCGGGCUGGAACGGCGAGCACUGCACCAUCGCGCACUAUCUGGAUAGGGUAGUUAAAGAGGGUUGCCCUGGCCUGUGCAAUGGCAACGGCAGAUGUACCUUGGACCUGAACGGGUGGCAUUGCGUCUGCCAGCUGGGCUGGAGAGGAGCUGGCUGUGACACGUCCAUGGAAACCGCCUGUGGCGACAGCAAAGACAACGAUGGAGAUGGCUUGGUGGACUGCAUGGACCCCGACUGCUGCCUCCAGCCCCUCUGUCACGUCAACCCACUGUGCCUGGGCUCCCCUGACCCUCUGGACAUCAUCCAGGAGACACAGGCCCCCGUGUCCCAGCAGAACUUGCAUUCCUUCUAUGACCGAAUCAAGUUCCUCGUGGGCAGGGACAGCACGCACGUCAUCCCCGGGGAGAACCCCUUUGACGGAGGGCAUGCAUGUGUCAUUCGUGGUCAAGUCAUGACAUCGGAUGGGACCCCACUGGUUGGUGUGAAUAUCAGUUUUGUCAAUAACCCUCUCUUUGGAUACACGAUCAGCAGGCAGGAUGGCAGCUUUGACCUGGUCACCAACGGCGGCGUCUCCAUCAUCCUGCGGUUCGAGAGGGCCCCCUUCAUCGCACAGGAGCACACCCUCUGGCUGCCUUGGGAUCGCUUCUUCGUCAUGGAAACCAUAGUCAUGCGGCACGAGGAGAAUGAGAUUCCCAGCUGUGACCUGAGCAGCUUCGCCCGCCCCAACCCGGUCGUGUCUCCUUCCCCGCUGACGUCCUUCGCCAGCUCCUGUGCAGAGAAGGGCCCCAUUGUCCCAGAAAUCCAGGCUUUGCAGGAGGAAAUCGCCAUCUCUGGCUGCAAGAUGAGGCUGAGCUACCUGAGCAGCCGGACCCCCGGCUACAAAUCUGUCCUGAGGAUCAGCCUCACCCACCCCACCAUCCCCUUCAACCUCAUGAAGGUCCACCUCAUGGUGGCAGUUGAGGGCCGUCUCUUCAGGAAGUGGUUUGCCGCCGCCCCAGACCUGUCCUAUUAUUUCAUCUGGGACAAGACGGACGUCUACAACCAGAAGGUGUUUGGGCUCUCAGAAGCCUUCGUUUCCGUGGGUUAUGAGUAUGAAUCCUGCCCAGAUCUGAUCCUGUGGGAGAAAAGAACAGCAGUGCUGCAGGGCUAUGAAAUCGAUGCUUCCAAGCUGGGAGGAUGGAGCCUGGACAAGCACCACGCCCUCAACAUCCAAAGCGGCAUCCUGCACAAGGGAAACGGGGAGAACCAGUUUGUGUCUCAGCAGCCACCUGUCAUUGGGAGCAUCAUGGGCAACGGGCGCCGCAGGAGCAUUUCCUGUCCCAGCUGCAACGGCCUCGCCGACGGCAACAAGCUCCUGGCCCCCGUGGCCCUCACGUGCGGCGCCGACGGCAGCCUCUACGUGGGAGAUUUCAACUACAUCCGAAGGAUCUUCCCCUCCGGGAACGUCACCAACAUCCUGGAGCUGAGAAAUAAAGAUUUCAGACAUAGUCACAGCCCAGCACACAAGUACUACCUGACCGCAGACCCCAUGAGUGGGGCCGUCUUCCUGUCGGACACUACCAGCCGGCGCGUCUUCAAGAUCAAGUCCACGGUGGUGGUGAAGGACCUCGUCAAGAACUCUGAGGUGGUGGCGGGGACAGGUGACCAGUGCCUCCCCUUCGAUGACACUCGCUGCGGGGAUGGUGGAAAGGCCACGGAAGCCACACUUACCAACCCCAGGGGCAUCACAGUGGACAAGUCGGGGCUGAUCUACUUCGUGGACGGCACCAUGAUCAGACGCAUUGAUCAGAACGGGGUCAUCUCCACCCUGCUGGGCUCCAACGACCUCAGCUCAGCCCGGCCCCUGAGUUGUGACUCUGUGAUGGAUAUCUCUCAGGUUCGCCUGGAGUGGCCCACAGACUUAGCCAUCAGCCCGAUGGACAACUCGCUCUAUGUCCUGGACAACAACGUGGUCUUGCAGAUCUCUGAGAACCACCAGGUGCGCGUCGUCGCCGGGAGGCCCAUGCACUGCCAGGUGCCCGGCAUGGACCACUUCCUGCUGAGCAAGGUGGCCGUGCAUGCAACCCUGGAGUCGGCCACCGCCUUGGCCGUCUCUCACAAUGGGGUCCUGUACAUCGCUGAGACCGACGAGAAGAAGAUCAACCGCGUCAGGCAGGUCACCACCAGCGGAGAGAUCUCACUGGUUGCCGGGGCUCCCAGUGGCUGUGACUGUAAAAAUGAUGCCAACUGUGACUGUUUCUCUGGAGAUGAUGGUUAUGCCAAAGAUGCGAAGCUGAAUAUCCCGUCUUCCUUGGCUGUGUGUGCUGACGGGGAGCUUUACGUGGCUGACCUUGGGAAUAUCCGAAUCCGGUUUAUCAGGAAGAACAAGCCUUUCCUCAACACCCAGAACAUGUAUGAGCUGUCCUCCCCGAUUGACCAGGAGCUCUACCUGUUUGAUACCAGUGGCAAGCAUCUGUACACCCAGAGCCUACCCACGGGAGAUUACCUGUACAACUUCACCUACACCGGGGAUGGUGAUGUCACACUCAUCACAGACAACAACGGCAACGUGGUCAACGUCCGCAGAGACUCCACAGGGAUGCCUCUCUGGCUGGCGGUCCCGGAUGGCCAGGUGUACUGGGUGACCAUGGGCACCAACAGCGCGCUCAAGAGUGUAACCACACAAGGACACGAGCUGGCCAUGAUGACAUACCACGGCAACUCUGGCCUGCUGGCCACCAAGAGCAAUGAAAAUGGGUGGACAACAUUUUAUGAGUAUGACAGCUUUGGCCGCCUGACAAAUGUGACCUUCCCGACUGGCCAGGUGAGCAGUUUCCGAAGUGACACAGACAGCUCAGUGCAUGUCCAGGUGGAGACCUCCAGCAAGGACGACGUCACCAUAACCACCAACCUGUCUGCCUCAGGUGCCUUCUAUACACUGCUGCAAGACCAGGUCCGGAACAGCUACUUCAUCGGGGCCGACGGCUCCCUGCGGCUGCUGCUGGCCAACGGCAUGGAGGUGGCCCUGCAGACGGAGCCCCACCUGCUGGCCGGGACCGUCAACCCCACCGUGGGCAAGAGGAACGUCACGCUGCCCAUCGACAACGGCCUCAACCUGGUGGAGUGGCGGCAGCGCAAGGAGCAGGCUCGCGGCCAGGUCACCGUCUUCGGGCGCCGGCUUCGGGUUCACAACCGGAACCUCCUGUCUCUGGACUUUGACCGCGUGACACGCACGGAGAAGAUCUACGAUGACCACCGCAAGUUUACCCUCCGCAUUCUGUAUGACCAGACGGGGCGGCCCAGCCUCUGGUCACCCAGCAGCAGGCUGAACGGUGUCAACGUGACGUACUCCCCAGGGGGCCACAUUGCUGGUGUCCAGAGGGGCACCAUGUCUGAGAGGAUGGAAUAUGACCAGGCGGGUCGCAUCACAUCCAGGAUCUUCGCUGAUGGGAAGACAUGGAGCUACACCUACUUAGAGAAG